AUGGAACCCAAUAAUAUGCAACCCGCCGACAUGCCAGGGUCUGGUAACGUCGAUCCCAAUCCUCCGCAGCCCGCUACCAGCGGUGGAGGCGGAGAUGACGACGAUGACUCGGACAAGGGUGGAGACGAAGACGUACCAAUGACCUUUCCGCAACGGAUGAUGGAAAUCCUCACCAACGAUAAGCUUUCAGACAUAAUCACUUGGCUCCCUCAUGGUCGUGGGUUCGUCAUCCUUCAGAAGAAGCGCUUUGCCAAUGAAAUCAUGCCAAAGUUUUUCAAUAAAAAGUCCAAGUUCACCAGUUUUACCAGGAAGCUCAACCGAUGGAACUUCACCCGCGUCACACGAGGACCAGAAACCGGCGCCUAUUACCAUCCGCUAUUCCAAAAGAAUAAUCUGCGGCUAUGUAUGCAGAUGAGUUGUAUCAGCUCCAAGUCGGCUCAGCAGUUGCAGCCAAUGAAUCCAGUGGCUCUGGGAUUGGCCAUGCCUCAGCCAGGGCAACCCAUGGGACCGGGAAUGGCGCCGCAUGGGAUGGUACCCAUACCGGGGGACGAAGGAAACUACAUGAGACUACGGCAACUCGAAGAGCAGCGACAGAACCUUUUGUUGCAACAACAAAAGCAACAACAACAGUUGAUGGCUUUGGCAGGGUUUGGGGGAGCCCCCGGGGCUCCACCACCCAUGGCCGGCGCACCACCGACUUCUGGGCCGCCCAUGCCUCCGGGAGCUCCGCCACCUCCUGGACAGCAGCCAAUGCCAGCUCCUCACCCGGGAAUGCAAGUGCAAGCUCCUCACCCUGGAAUGCCACCGCAGCAGCAACAACAGAUGCCCCAUGCUAUGCCACCCAAUCCAAAUCAACCUCAGCCACCUCCGGGAGCACCCAACCCUGCCAUGGCGGCAAAUCCAUACCUGGCCAUGCUCAUGGCCAAUCAAGGAAUGAUGCAAAUGAGCCCUCAACCAGGACAUCCCGGUCCACCGGCUCCAUACAAUGGCGCUCCCAUGAACAUGGCGCCGAUGAAUCCCAUGCAAAUGAACAUGGCGCCAAUGCAGGCUCAGUUCUUUGUCCAACAACCGCAUUUCCAGGGCUUUAUGCAGCAACCGAUGCAGCCAGGACAAAUGCCACUACCGCCUCCGGGACAGAUGCAACCCAUGCCAGCAUACCCCGGGCAGCCGCAUAUGCAAAUGCAACCCCAGGCAGCUCCUCUACCUGGUCAGCCCAUGCCUGCACCAGCACCUCAAGCUCCUGCUCCCGGCCAGCCCAUGCCUGCGCCAGCCCCGCAACAGCAGCAACCUCCACCACAACAACAGGCACCCAUGCCAGCUCCGGCACUGCAACCAAUGCCGGCACAACAGCAACCAAUGCCAGCUCCUCAGCAGCAGCAGCAGCAGCCACCGCCACAAAUGGUACCACAUCAGCCUCAAAUGCAGCAGCCACAAAUGGCUCCACAGCCCGCACCUGUUGCCCCGCCACCGCCACCACAAUCUCCUCAAGUACAGCAGCAACUACCUCCCGCUCCCGCAGCACCUGCUCCCCCGGCACCCAUGCCAGCGAUGGCGCAGCAACCCAUGAUGGCUCCUCCUCAGAUGCAACCACAGCAACAACAACAACAACAACAACAACACCCACAAUUGAAUCAGCAACAAAUAGCCGCCAUUGCGACUAUCGGUCAAGCCCUCAUGGGAAACGCACCUCUCCCACCGCCCAUGCCGCCACCUCAACAGCAGGUACCAGUACAACAGCAAGUACAGCAACCACAGCAGCCUCCGGUUAGCGGGAACACUGCUACGACCAAUCCCAACGGGGGAACAUAA